GACUCCGGGAGGCCGGGCAGAAUCGUCGGGAAAGUUCGAGAGGGGAAUUUCUGCGCCUGCGCCUGACCCGGAAUAAAAGUUCACCAUCAAAUAAGCCGGUCCUCGGCGCAGACAUGGAAGAGCUACAGAAAGAUUUGGAAGAAGUGAAGGAGCUUUUGAAAAGGGCAACAAGAAAGAGAAUAUAUGACUUUCUGCUGGCAGAAAAAAACAAAAUAGAGAGGGAAAUCAAGAAUUUUCAGCCACUCAAGCUAAAAGCUGAAGGACCUGAAGAAGAAAAACCAACACUCACUGGAUAUACAGUGAAAAUCAACAAUUAUGCAUGGGAUCAGUCUGAUAAAUUUGUGAAAAUCUAUGUCACAUUAAGUGGUGUUCAACAUCUGCCAGCUGAGAAUGUUGAGGUGCACUUUACAGAAAGUUCAUUUCAUCUGCUGGUGAAAAAUUUAAAUAACAAAAAUUAUACAAUGACGUUCAACAACCUUCUGAAACCAAUCUUAGCUAAAAGCAGCUCAUGGAAGAUCAAAACGGAUAUGAUCUUGAUAUUAUGUAAGAAGCAGCAAGAAGAAAAAUGGGAGUGCCUAACGCAGGUUGAAAAAGAGACUAAGGAAAAAGAGAAAGCUUCCUAUGAUACAUCUGACCCCAGCGAAGGAUUGAUGAAUCUACUGAAAAAGAUGUAUGCAGAAGGAGAUGAUGAGAUGAAGAGAACAAUUAAUAAAGCAUGGGUGGAGAGCCGAGAAAAGCAAUCUAAAGAUGAUUUGCCAUUAGACAUUUGAACAAAAGUUGAAGAUUGUGCUUGCUAAUUUAAUCUAUAUUUUAUGUAUGGCGGUUCUGCUGUAAUAUUCUGUUCAGAGAACAUGUGCUUUUUAUAUAACCAAAGCAAAGGCUGCAAAAUGUAUGUUUCAGAUUGGAGAUGGGAAAUAAAAUAUGCUCUAAAACUUCCAUCUCCUUAAAUGUUUGUCCUUCCAGCAUGUCUUGGCAAUUCCCAGACAGGUAUAUAUUCAAGUAAACAAUGAUGAAUAACUGUAGGUAAAUGAUUCCAGUCUCCCAGAUAAAAGUUGAAAAACUGAUUCCUCGGAUGAGGUUAGCCUAGAAAGGAAACCUUCAGUUUUUUGAGAAUGAAGAGCUUAGGAAAUUGUAUUGCAUCACAAUUCAGUGGUAUGCUUAGAUAUGAAGCUAGGUGAUCAAUUGAUCUUUCUCGGAUUUUGAAGUUUAUGUUCUGAAAGCAGUAUUAACUGCAAUGUUAUUAGGCUGAGAAACUGAUGGGUGGUUUUAAUUUGAGGAAGAGUUCAGCUUAAUGACAAUGAUUAAUAAGAUUUUUCA